AUGCCGCCUGUGAACUCGGGGUACACCUUCGAGGACUUCCUCAAGCGCCUGGAGCGCAGCCCCGUCACACACAUGUCGCCGCUCUACCACGAACACCGGGAGCUCUUCGUGCGUCGCCCCGAUAUGUUUUCGCGCGCCGUCGGCUCCAUCACGUGGGAAAAGGGGUGUGCGCUGCUUGACGCGGCGUACCACGCGCAGCCCAUCGCCCUCGUCACCUACCGUGCGCUGCUGGCGCGGAUGCUGCUGCACAACCAGUACGUGCGGCGCCGCGGCUCUGGGAACCUGGUGCCCUGGAGCGCCGCCCUGCGAACGUACUCCGAGGCGAUUCUGGCACACGGCAACGCGGUUCCGACGCGGAUGACGAUCUCCGCGCUUCGCCUCUUGGCCCCGCAGCGUCAGUGGGCGGCCGCCGUCGCACUGCUUAAGCUCAGCCAGGCCAACGAGAAGCUGACGAUCCCUAUGCUCGUCGACGCGGCCGGCUGCUGUGCAACUCCCUCGGCGUGGCAGACGGCCAUGGCGCUGCUGGGUCACGUGCACGCGCAGGCGCCUAACCUACUGCCCGACUGCAUUCAAAGUCUCCGGCCCGUGGGGACGGAUGCCGCGACGGUGAGCGCCGCCGCGAAUGCGCUGAUAUCUGACCGUGCAGGUCCAACCCCCGAGCAGAAGCGGGUGCUUGCGGUUCUAAGUGACGUGGUGGCCGCGGUGCCGUGGCAGACGGCCGUGUCCAACGAAAUGUGUACGUCGCAUCUCACGCACCUGGUGGCAAGCACGACGUACACAACGCAGGAGAAAACCGAGGCGCUUCUCUCCGCGACGCGGCAGCUUCCGUGCGAAGCGUUCAUGCAGCUCAUGAUGGCCCACGACGCGCCCGCGCUGGCGUCUUCAAGCGGCGGCAGCACACCACCGACACCGACACCGACACCGACAACGGCUACGGUGGGGGAGCAACCACGAAAGGCGCUGGAGCUUUCACCGCUGAACUCGCCUGUUGUCAGAGAGAGCUUGCAGUUGCUUGCCAAGGCACCCGAGACGGCGGUUCCUUUUCUUGCCACCAUCAUCGGCAAACUUCCCUCGGCGAAGACAGCGACAAGGUUUCUGAGCGAGGCGGCCACCAUGUACCGUGACACCCUCGCCACUGCAAUGUUGCGCCAUCCACUCGUUGUCUCGGCUCUGCUGCGGAAGUGUUCAGAGGAGGCGGAGUGGCGCCUCGCCUCUUCGGUGCUGCUUUCCAUGUCGCCGAUCCCGCUGCCUUGUGAGGUGGCCAGUGCACUCGUAUUGCAGAUGCGGGAGGCGCGGCAGCCCUCUUUGGUUGUAGACAUUCUCCAGAAGUCUUUUGUGCCGGCCAAAGUUGCCCUGACGCCGCAGGCCAUGGAGGCGGCGCUGGUGUGUGUCUUGGCACACAAUCGUGCCAUUUCCGCGUCAGACGCGCGCCGAACGCCAGAGACGCUGAAGAGGAAGCAGAUGUCACAGGUCCACUGGCUCUCCGCACUGAGCUGGGCGACGGAUUUGGUGCAGGACGAGGCGGAAGGGCGUAUCUUGCAAACGGGCUCUGCCGCUUCGUCCGGUGCUGUGAGCUACUCUCCCCCCAAGCUCGUCCCACGCCAGAAGCCCCUGUCGCCGCGUAUGCUCAGCCUUCUUAUUCACAUAUGCGUCGGCGCUGGUAACCCCCAGGGAGCUUUGCAUGCGAUGGGCUACGCCCGCGCCGUCGAUAAGACCGAGCUGGCGCAGUCCGAGGCGAUUCGCGCCCUUCUCUACUGCAUGAUGUAUGACCGCCCAUACGAGGCCGAGGCCAUUCUGAAGGAGGCAGAGAAAAAACACGGGAAGGAGCAGGCACAAUAUCUUGAGCGGUUACUGGUGGCCGUUCAAGAGGCAAAGCAGGAGGAGUCGGGCGCCCCUGAGCCCUAA